GAGCUUUGUAUCAUUCCUCAACUACUAGUCAAGAUGGAGAGCCGUAUCGAUAACGCAAAAGCUGCAAGUUGAAGCAAAUCUCCAGCAACUUUUUCCAGUAUUCUUGUCUCUUUGUUCUUCAUCGGUCUGACAUAUGGAUCCUACCGUAACUGAAGUUUGUAUUACAACCGUAUUCUCGACAUGUUCAGUGAUGUGAAACGAACUUGGCUAGUGUUUGCUCUGCCGUGUAAGAAAAGACAGUUUUUAAAACAACUAGAAUGAAUGAUAAUAGAAAGCCAAGAAAAUGUCAAGUUAUCCUUCUCGACGAGCGAAGACUAGAAUUUUCCAUACAGCCGAAGCUUAUGGCUUGCGAUCUGUUGGACAUGGUUGCUUCUCAGUUUAAUCUUCACGAAAAAGAAUACUUUGGAUUGUCAUACACAGAUGAAAGUAACAACCAGAAUUGGUUGAGAAUGGACAAGAGAGUGAUUGACCAUGAUCUUCCCAGAUACCAAGAACCCCUACUUUUGAACUUCUCUGUUAGGUUUUUUGUUCCAAAUAUUCUUAUAUUGAAAGAACCGAUAGCUGUGGAGCUGUUUUUUAUGCAAGCAAAAAUUCUAAUAUUUAAGGGCACUGUACAAUCAGAUAGUGAAACUGUAUUUGAAUUAGCAGGAUAUGCAUUGCAGGCUGCUUAUGGAGAUUUUACCAAUGAAGAAAAUGCUAAGAAAGAUAUCAAGAAGAUUCCUAUACUACCUACUAGAACAUUAAAAGAACACCCUUCAAUAUCGUACUGUGAGGAGAAAGUGUUAUCAUAUUACAAGAACUCUGCUGGUCAGAGUAGAGGUGAAACUGUAGUAAGGUAUUUGUGUAUAUUUCAAAGUCUGCCAACAUAUGGGGUUCAUUAUUAUGAAGUAAAGGAUAAAUCCAGUAUCCCUUGGUGGCUAGGGUUUAGUCCGAAAGGAAUCGCUGUAUAUGAUCACAAUGAUAAAAUCAAACCAAGAAAGCUUUUCCAGUGGAAUCAGAUUGAAAAUAUAUACUUCAGAGAUAGAAAAGUUUCUUUGGAAAUCAGGGACUCGUACAGGUAUGAGUCAAUCCAGUUUAGGAGUAGGAGUUCAUCUGUUGGCCGUAAAAGCCACAGCCCCAGUAAUAUGAUGGUGCAUAGCUGGUAUGCUUGUACUGCAGUUGCAGCUAAGACAAUGUGGACUAUGGCAAUAAGCCAACAUCAAUUCUAUUUGGACAAGAAAAAAGAUGAGACAACCGCAGCAGCAACUCGUACUCUACGUGAUGUAGCAAGAGAAGUAACUGCUUCAGCAAUGUCUGUCCGUUCCUCACUAGUAUCAGAAGUCAGUGAUAGCACUAGUAGUGAUUACUCUCAAAGCCUGUCGACUUUAGAUGGAGAGGACAGCGAAUCUACUUCAUCCAAAGCAGCAGAAAUGAGAGAGAUGGCUACAGCACUCACAGCAAGAAAGGAAGCUCUGAUGGACAAAUUAAAACAAAAGACUGAAGAAUUGCAGCAGCUUUGUAUUCAAGAAGCGGGUCUAACUGGUAAAUAUCCAGACGAUACGCCCUACAUUGUUGGUAAAACUCUUCCUCCAAUACGAAAACGAGUUGGCACAGCAUUUGAGUUUUCAGAUCGUGUGGUCAGCGGAGAUCAUGAUGGGAUUGAAGAGAUCGAAAAGCAACAAAUGCAAAUAGAAAUUCAAUCAAAGAUAACUACAGCGGCAAAGAAUCUAUCAGAGGACCAAAAUGUCAGCAAAAAUGUCAGGAAAACAAGAAAAAUUACCUACCAAAAAUCUCUGAAAAAGUUACGAGAAAUGGAAGAUCAUUUAACUCGACUUAAACGAGAAUACUUGAUAAUGGACGACGAUGAGGAUGAUGAAGAUGAAGAUGCAUCAUCUGACAGCUUGGUCAAUGGCGAACCAUACUACCCUCAUCCUUAUAUGUCACCGAGCUCAAUACGAAGAUAUCGCGCUGGUCCCACGGGUCAGCUGAUACGAAAAACGAGCACCACUUCGGACAUCAUUCGGCAUGACCCUGAAUAUGCGUUAAUAAAUGGUGCCUUUCACGGCUCGUACCCCCGUCUUAAGUGUCCUCCAAGUCCUUCCUCGCAUUCUUACCAAGGGUUCUUUGAUUCACCAAAUCGUUCGGAGUCACGAUCACCUCGUCGAUUUUUGGACAGUUCUCGACAAGGACCUGCCUUUCAGUACUCGGACAGUGAUACUAGGAGUGAUUCAUCGACAAAACACUCAUCGAUUAGCUCUAGUUAUACAAACUCAGAAGAUUUCAUAGAUGGGAUAGAUACUCUCCGGGUACAAGAUCCCGGGGAACAUAGCCCGUCCUAUAAACCAAUGGCUUCGUCGUGGGAUAAUCACCUGGACGAUAGAGUUUCCCGUUCUCCGAGUCCCUAUUCGCCUAAUUCCCGGUAUGGCCACAGCUCGGAGAGUUUAUGUAGUGACAAUUAUUCACCGUAUAGUCCGUCUGGUAAAAGAUCGUUUUCAUUUGGAAGCGCAUUGUUAAGACCACCUCAGAGGUACUCGCGGGCGAACAAAUACAUCAAUACUAGCGAUGUUGCAAUUGUUAGUAACACAGGCAAUUCUGGCAGUUAUUCAUUGGGUCAGUAUGAUCACAUGGCCAGGUCAGGCCCUAAUCUAGCGGACAGGACUUCAUACGGGUCAUCUAAUUUGUUACUCCCCAUUGAUAAACGAAUCAGGAUGGGGUCGUCUUCGAAUUCAUCGAUGCCUUACUUGUCGAACAAUUUAUUGCAAAAUGGUAACCCAUCGUCGAUGCCUUCGUUUUAUGAAGACCAUACUUUGCAGUGGAACAACGAUGAUGAACAGCAGGCUACUUUGGUAUAGUUAUUGAAAUAAUUCACCGUCUUGGUCUGAAUUUUAUGAACGCCAGCUCUUAAACUGAAACAUGGGAGAAUCACCGCAAGCAGAAGUAUUUUAGUAAUGAAGCUAUUAAUCGUCUUAACAGUUCUUUUUAACACAAGCUACAUUAAUUUAGUAAAAGAAUUKUCAACCACGUUUUAUUGACAACAUCACAGUUUAAGGAGAAAAAGGAACAAGGUUCGUUUGUUUUGUAAUGUAAUCCAAAAUCCCAUUGGUAAAGUAUCCGUUUUAUCGCACCUGUACAUGUAUGUACACGGAUUAGCGACCAGAUCGGCAAGUCAAAAGCUUCCAUGUUUGCAAUAAUGUUCUCGUAAGUUGUAUCAAUAGGCAAUGUGCAACGAUAGCAUUUUCUCAUGUGGCGGUUAAUGUAGCCUUCGCGAUUUGUUUUCGUUGCUGUGAAAUAAGCACAAAAGGGAAUAUUGUAGCGAACAUCUCCCAUCAUGCUCUGCUGUACAAAGAUGCGGCGAUGCACAUUGCCUACUGUGUUUUUGUUGAUUUUAACAAUUAAUUUUCUCCUUACAAUUAAACCGCAUUGCAUUCUGACUUAGAACCGUCGUUGGCAUAAUUAGAAAUUGAGUUUGAUCAUAAAGUUAUAAUUUCCUUGUUAAAUAUUCUUAACAAGAUGAUUUUGUAUAUUUGAAUAUAUAUUAUAGUUAUUUAGUUUAUUCAAAAAAUAAGCACCGAAGUAAAUGAAAUAUUCUUUCAUAGUUCAAAUUCACGAGAUUAUUACAACACCUUUUUAUAUCGCAUUAUUGACGACAUUAAUUGAAUUUUCAAUGUGACACUAACUUAAUCCGUGAAAUCAAUGAUACAAUUGGCCGUCGUUUUUCUUUUACUGAUUUCCAUCUUUUUUCUUGGGUUUAGUGUUUAAAGUUGCAACUGUGACUCGCGGACAACCAUUGCUUCUUAGAAUUAUUAUAUGAUGUGUAAAAUGCGUAUGCGCAAGGAAAUUCGCUUAGGCAAAGAAUGCCGCAGUAUUUUUAAAGCUUCUGAAGCUAAAUAUAGCGGAAAAAACUAUUACGGCAUAGGAAAAUGCGUGGUUUUCAUCACUUGCUUAGUAGAAAAAAACYAUGAAGAAGUAURGAGUAUAAUCUUGUGGUUAUACUCAUUACAUGCUAAUGUCUCRAACAUGGCUUGCCAUGCUUGUUUUUCAAAUACGCUGGUAWAAAAACAYACUUUUAGUGCGUCACAGUUUUUCAUAGUUGUGAGAAUUUGACUGGUGCUYUACACUGUAUUUUGUCUUUUUAUUGACGUCGCAUGCAAAUUCAUUAUAGUCAAAUCAAUUGGGAUAACUUGGCGAAAAAGAGGGAGAAGAUUUCCCGGUUCUCUUAACAAUCUAGCUCAACAUUUUAUUUGUAUUUUUAUAUUUGUUGAAAUAUUGACGGAAAAUAAUAAAAAUGGAGCAAGAACACGAGAAAUAUUAUUGUCAAAAUGUAAAUUUUUAAAAGGAAUAAUGAGACGUCUUGUCUCGACUACGCAUGCUCACAAUGCUCCGUUCAAAAGCAGUACAGUGUAAACCACCGGUUUUUCAUUAUAUUCAGAGUACUUUCACGAUAUUGCGUAUUUCUAUUGAAAUAGUAAUAGGAUAUUACAGUUUAUUUGUAAAUACAUUUUGUAUUAUUAAACUACAUUGUUAUAGGAUACACAUAUAUUUUAACGUAUUUAUUAUUUUGAAUAUGUAAGUAUUAGAGUUCGUAACACUUGUAAGUACAUCGCAUGAAGUAAAAACAGCUUUUUAAAAUG